GCAUCUUCUAUUGCUGUGUUAAAAGCCUGCCAUAAUGAUAUGUGAAUGUGUUCUUUUUUCAAAAUAUUAUCCAACAAUACAUUGUUUUGUGAAGAAUGAUGUUUUUAUGGCAAAUUGCCCAUGGUACGUGUCCAAAUGACUAUCUGACAAGCGAGUACAAACUUUAUUCCAAGUGUGAAGCAUUUUAGAUAAAACUUCUCACAGCAAUAUGAGCUUCCAACUUGCAGAUUACAUGUUUCUCACUGUCGCACAGAUGAGCUGUGGUGCAGUCGUGGGUCUUGUGGCCGAAUUUUCGAAGACACGAUUUGUAUCGAGUUUAACAUUGAAAACUUUCAUAUCUGCGAUGCUGACUGGGCAUAUCGAGCUAACUGGUUUUUAAAUGCGCAAGGAAAGUCUUUGUGAAUUCUGAAGUUCAGAUAUGCUGGUCAGUGAAAAAAAGGAAAAAGAAAGAGAAAUGGACAUUUUACAACAAUCCCUUCAAGCAGCGGAUAUUCUCUCUGGGGAAGAUAAUGAUAUUUUUGGAGAGCUUGGAAUCACAUUCAAUAAUUCCUCUGUGGAAACUGUUGGAUUGGGCGAUGAUCUUUCUGCUCUGGAUUCCCAAGGAAAUGCACUGUUUAAUAAUGAGACUAAAGCUCACGGCCAAUCACCAUUUCCUAGUUUUAAUGAAUCUAAUGACUCAAAUUCGAUGUCUGGUUUUGAUACUUCGCAAUUUCUUAAUACUUCCGCACCAAUUAACUCAGCACAAUCUGCACGGCAUACAUCAUAUGAGCAACAGCCCACUGAAUUUGCUAAGCAAGAGAAUUACCAACAUUUACCUGUUUCAUUACAUUCUAAUCAACCUUCAUCAUCUGCAACAACGGUUUCCCCCUUUGCUAAUCAGCAUGAGGGGAUGACAAAUUAUGCAAACCAAUAUCAAACUGUCCAACAAGUUUCGAUGCAAAGCGUCUCGCAACCUAGCACAACAGUUGCUACUUACCAACCUUAUUCGAAAGCAAUAUCAACGGUUGCUUCAUCACCAGUGCUUACAAGGCUUCCAUCGCAAACAUUGUCAACUCUACUUAAUCCACAACCCAGUUCGCUAUCUGCAGACAAUUCACCGGCGACUUUGCCUGUCGGAAUUCGAAUUGCGACACCCAAUACUUUUCAAAAUGACACUAAUAUAGUGCUCGACAACAAUACCCAUGUCACACAAAAUGCUGAUGUAUUAAGGACGUCCACUCCUAUUCAAAUACUCCAGCCCACUGCUGUUCAGCAAAACCAAACUCAGCUUAUUACUGUGCUUCAAAAGCAAAAUAACAUUCGUGUGAGAUCUCCUGUCAAUCAAAAUGUUGCAUCUGCCCAGUACAUCAAUGGAUUGACAGUACAACCACAUCAAACAAACGUAGUCAACCAAAACUCUAAUGUUGCAGUGUUGAGAGUCGCAAGCUCAAAACAAAAUAUCAACAUAAGUGAUCCGCAACUUGUCAAAGCCCUCACAGCCAAUUUGUUGCAGAAGCAGCAAACUUCUGAGAUGCAAAAUACACAGCAACCUCCCCAACAGCAAUUCGUGAAAUUGGACCACAACAACUCUGUUAUUAAUGUCAUUUCACAAAGACCGCAACCGCAGGUAAGAGGAGCGCAACAAAUUACUCUGCAAAAUGGCCAAACAAUACUACUGAAUAGUAGUCAACAUGUCCAAGUGCUUCAGGCUCCAACACCAGCACAGAAUGUCGCUUCGUCACUACCUAACUAUCCCAAAUCUAUAAAAAACUCUCUCCAGCCUUCAAAGUCUGGUCAAAUGCCAAUAAAAGGAAUACAAAUUGCCAGUGUUAAUAUUCCUAUUGCAUCACCUUCUGCCAACACUACCUCAGUUGAUGUUGCACCAACAGCAAAUAGCAUUUUAGCCAUACCUGUUGUAGCCAAACCUGGUUCCAUUUCAAGCACUGUGACUUCUGCAAAUUUUGAAACUGGUGCCACUGUUGCAGUAUCACGAAUCACCCCUUCUGUGGCGACAACUUUGAAAUCCUCCACAGUUCGAAAUCUUCUUACCAAUUCGAUAUUGAAGCAAAACAACAAUACCUCAUUAACUAACAGCAAUAUAUCACAACCCAUUAUGCAACAGCAUCGAAGUACAUCAAAUGCGCAGGUUGUGAUGACAGAAACAAAUGGUCAGGUUGCUCGUGCAUCAAUGGGUCCAACGUUAAGAUUAAAUCUGACGCCACAACAAGCUAGUAAACUAACGACCUCUCAACUGCAGACUAUUAUAAAACAGCAUCGUGCUACAUUACAAGCCAGAGCUCUUGCAAAUGCUGAUUCUAGAAUACCAACUGCGGUUGAUGGUGGACAAGCGAUGGAUGCUAGUUCAUCUUCUCAAGCAACCAUUGUGAAAAAUACACUUGCAGGAUCCAAGUCGCUUGCCUCAAUAUUAAAGCCUUCAGUAACAGCUGCAGUGACUACUGUGGCUUCAAAUUCAUCCGUGACUGUGAGUCGGCAGGGUGGUGUAGACCAACAAUCUUCUGUUCAGGCAUUUCGUGUUGACCCGACAUUAACAGAAGGACAGAUUGAUGAAGUGAAGAAGCUACUCACAAAUCGCACAAUUGCAUCUAAGCUCCAUCAGUUAUCAAGAGAACAGCGGCAGCUCGUCCUUGCAUUUCAAGCACAAAUUAAAUCAAUGUCGCCACCUGUUCAACAGUAUUAUUUAAGAAAUCCUCAACUAUUUAUGCAAAAGGUGCUGCAACAAUCCGAGCUGGGAAACCUUUCAUACUAAAUGUGAAAGUAGAUGUUCAGCAAAAAUAAAGUCCAAGUUGUCCCCACCAAUCAAUCGAGCAAUGUACAGCACCCAACUAUAUCUCUCACACAAGAUCAGCCACGUUCGACUCGUUUGGCCGCUCCGUCCCCCACGCGUAUAACACCUGUAAAACCUUCUCAGGCAUCUUCGAAAUUUUCUCCGAUUUCUAUUAAUCAAGUAGCCACUACUGCCGCCAACAUCACUGUGCAAAUGCCAAAGAAAGCCAUAAAACGACCAGCACCUACGACUUCAAAAGUAUCAUUGGUUCUGGAACAACUAGAA